CUAGAAGAAAUGUCUAAUGGUGGACCUCUUGAUAUUAAGGUUUCAAAAACUUGGGUACCUGGAGAUUGCCCUAGAAAAGCUCGACGUCUUGAUUUUGUCACAUUUCAUUUCAAAGGCUUUUCUGAGGCUGGAAAAAAAUUUGAUCAAAGUUAUGGGCGUGAAAAAGAUGGAAUUAAAAUACAAUUGGGUGUUGGGAUGACAAUGCCUGGUUUAGAUAAAGGUGUUAAGGGAAUGUGUGAUGGUGAGCUUCGCAAAAUUGAAGUUCCUUGGAGAUUAAGCCGCAAAAGGAAGAGUAAAGUUUGGAGGUUCAUACCAAAUGAUGAACAUUGGCUUCGUUUUGAUGUUGAGGCAAUAAAAAUAGAGCCGUGGACGAUAGAAGGGCAAUUUGAAUGGAUGGAUUUAAAUAAUGAUAGUAGACUUACGGAAGACGAAUUAACUCGUUUUGGAUAUAAAAUGUUGAAAGAAUUUGGAAAAGCAUGGCCAAAUGAAGAUAUUGACCCUGUACAUGCUUCCAAAUAUUAUAUAAAAUAUUUUGAUGCAAAUAAUGAUGGAAUUAUUGAUAUAUCUGAAUUUAAAUAUAUUUUUGAAAGAGAUUUGUCUAUAAUGGAAAGUAAAAGAAAAAAUAAAAAUAAAAUUGAGGGAAGAAAAAGAGAUCCGGGACUUCAAUGGAUUUUGGAUUUUAAUAAUGAUGGAAUUGUUUCUGUUCAAGAAAUGGAUAAUGCUGAUAAAAUUUUGGAAGGAAAUCCGGCAAUUUUGCCCGGAGAGAAAAUAAAAGAAGAAUUAUAA